AGAGGCUCCCGAUAGAAGUGGUUGGUUGAGCUUAUCCACAGUUCAUUGACAAAUGUUAAUAAUAAUGCGAUAAAAAUCAAUUCCAACUCAAAUUGCGGAAGCCGUACUACAGUAUCCAUGUCAGCGCCAUCAGAUAAGUGUUGCAAAGCCGUUGACCCAGUAUAAGUACCGGAAUCGAAUCCGUGAAGCAUCCAUCAGAUCUUUACCACCGAACAGAAACAUCACGGCGUUUGAACUUGUUCCAAAAACGACAACAAAUCGAGACCACCGACUGAAUUGACGAUCAGGAUUCUGUUAUCAGAUUCUUGACCGUCAAGAACCCAUCUGUCUCUGCUGUUUUUGCUUCCUUAAACAGCAAAAGAAGACCUUCAAUUAAUCUCCAGCAACGAUAGACAACAUGGAAGAUAAUGAAGAGCCAAUCUUGAACAAGGUUGAAAAUACCGUAGCCCUACAAUCGCUGUUAUUCAAACUCCAGCGCUGGCAAUGGUGGCUCCUGGUGGCAAUCAACAUUUUCUUCCUCGUCGCAGGACAGUCUGCUGCUGUUCUAUUGGGUAGAUUUUAUUAUGAUCAGGGUGGAAAUAGUAAAUGGAUUGCAACUGUUAUUCAGACUGCUGGUUUUCCAAUUCUUUUCAUUCCACUCUUCCUGCUUCCUUCAGAUAAGGAACCUUUAGCCUCUUAUACUUCGUCUCCUUCAGUUAGAACACUUGCCUCGAUAUACUUGGUUCUCGGGGUGAUUAUAGCUGGUGAUAACUAUUUGUAUUCUUUGGGGCUGUCGUAUCUAUCUGCUUCAACCUAUUCACUAAUCUGUGCGUCCCAGUUAGCAUUUAAUGCCGUGUUCUCAUACUUCAUCAAUUCUCAGAAGUUCACAGCUUUAAUUCUCAAUUCUGUGAUUAUUCUCUCUUUUUCAUCUGCUCUAAUUGCUGUCAAUGAUGAUUCGGGAGGACCGUCAGGAGUCUCUAAGUGGAAGUACUUCCUUGGAUUCCUUGCCACUCUUGGUGCUUCCGCAAUUUACUCUCUUUUGCUUUCGCUCAUGCAGCUUUCGUUUCAGAAGGUCAUAAAAAAGGAAACAUUUUCUGUGGUUUUAGAAAUGCAGAUUUUCACAUCUAUUGUUGCCACUUGUGUUUCUGUGGCGGGUCUUUUUGCUAGCGGGGAAUGGAAGACUUUGCAUGGAGAAAUGCAGAGUUUUGGUAAGGGAAGUGUCUCGUAUGUGUUGACUCUAGUCUGGACUGCAGUUACUUGGCAGGUUUGUUCUGUUGGUGUUGUGGGCUUGAUUUUUGUGGUAUCUUCACUCUUCUCCAAUGUGAUCAGUACUGUUGCAUUGGCUGUAUCUCCUAUUGCUGCAGUUAUAGUUUUCCACGACAAGAUGAAUGGUGUGAAGAUAAUUGCUAUGCUUCUGGCUGUUUGGGGUUUUGCCUCUUAUACUUAUCAGAAUUAUCUUGAUGAUUCUAAGUUGAGGAAGGCACAGAGUAAUGUUACCGAAACCCGUAACAAUUCUGUGUGUUGAUAGAUUUGGAAACAAUGAGCAUAUAGUUUUUCUCUUGGGUGGACUUGAAGAAUUGAUCUCAUGUAGUGCAAUUGAUUCCGCAUGCUAUGGGAACUUUGAUUUUUGUAGUUGUCCUUUAUCUCGUUAACCAAACUAUUUUUUCCUCCUUUUCCUCUUCUGCUGCUCUGAUCAUUAGCUUUGCUUCUAUGAUACAUGUCAAGAAGUUUAUGAAGCAGGAGGAGGCUGUGAUGGAUUUUGAACUAGGCUCAUUCUGUAGUCUAGGGCAUUAAUAAAGAACUCCUCGAUCCACAACAUGGUUGGGAAAAAGAAAUUUGUAGCAGCAAAGAAAGCUAUAAUUUACUGCAGAUUUACCUUGGUCCAUUUAUUUACCAAGUAGGGCAGAAGCUGAUUAGAAUAGAGCUAAACAGGGAGUAAUAUUGCUCGACUUUGAACAAAUUCCUAUGUUUGUGCAUGAGUGGGGUGCAAAAUGGCAGUGCGCAAUAAAUUUUCUCAGAGGAGGUGACUAUGAUCCUAUUGAAAGAAAUUGUUCAGAAAAGAAAAGGAGAAUCAUUUUGGGUUUGGGCUCCUCUCAAGUGCGUCUAGCAUAACACAUAUCUUUCUUUGGUUUGGCUGUACUAAUAAUUUAGACUAUUUCCCUUUUGUCUCGGUGUUUUUAAAGGUUGCCUUUUGAACAUCCUCUGCUAAACAGUGUUUUGGCCUCAUUGUGGAAUGCCCCAUAAAUUCCUGCUCUGACUUCUGUUCUGAUGGCGAGAAAUGAUUGCUUUUAUGAUGCUAAGAAUUGGAAAAGAAUCAAAAGUCCCAUGUAAUGUGAGAUUGAUAUUGCUGUGUUUUAUUCCUUUCA